UCUGACGCAAGAUUUGCUACGGCCGCUAUGGAAACUCGCUGACUUUCAUUUAUCGAGUCUACGUGUUACUGCAUGAUUCAUGCGUGAUGUGUACAUGGAGUGGACGGCGACCAUUCUUUUGGUGUUUCGCCACCCCGCCGUAUUAGUCGUUCGGGCUUUGACUUCGGCGACCUGAAGUCGUCGGCGAUCUCCAACAUGAACUUCGCCGGCUGGUCAAGAUUCUGCUUGCUUUGCAAUCGCAGUGAAAGUAUAAAACUAUGAGUAAGCGUAGUAUAAGUAAAAGCAUAUUGAAGAUCGACGACGGCAUAGUAUUGAUCUAGUCAUUGACCAACUCUGUUGUCUACUCCGGAGCCAAGCGACGCUCUGACCUACACAAUCCAAGCCAAAUCUGAUAAAGAUGGAUCCCGCGCCACUAGUCCACAGCAUCUUUGACAAGAGCACCGGCACCUGGCAGUAUCUCGUGGCAGAUCCAGCCACUCGGAAUGCUGCCGUGAUCGACUCUGUCCUCGACUUUGACCCGGCCACGCAGAAAGUGACGACAGACAACGCCGACGCCAUCCUGCGUCUCAUCGAGUCCAACAACUAUCAAAUCCAAUGGAUUCUUGAAACCCAUAUUCACGCGGACCAUCUCACGGCAGCGGCCUACCUCCAAGGGCGCCUCGCUGGCCAACUGCAAGAUGUGAAGCCGCGCAUCGGCAUCGGCAAGCGCAUCACACAAGUCCAGAAACAAUUCGCGGGCAAAUAUGAUGUACCGUGGGACGAGUGCGAGGGUGUGUUUGACAAGAUGUUUGACGAUGACGAAGAGUUCCCCCUGGGGAAUCUACAGGCACAAGCCAUUCACCUUCCAGGCCACACGCCAGAUUUGAUGGGCUAUGUCUUUGGAGACAACGUCUUUUGCGGCGACUCUAUUUUCCACGCCGACAUUGGCACCGCGCGCUGCGAUUUCCCAGGCGGCAGUGCGAAGCAGCUCUACCAGUCCGCGCAGAAACUACUCGCCAUGGCCGAUCACGUCAAGAUCUGGACUGGCCACGACUACCCGAGCGGUGCGCGUCAACAAGAAGUUCCCUUCCUGACCACAAGUGAGCAUCGAGAUCGCAACAAGCAUCUGGCCAACGACACGUCCGAGGAGCAAUACGUUGCCGUGCGGGAGGGGAGAGAUGCGCAAAUGGCGGAACCUAGGUUGAUUCAUCAGGCUCUCCAGGUGAAUAUUCGAGGAGGCAGAAUGCCAAAGGCGUCGUCGCAGAAUGGUCUGCGGAUGCUCCAUGUCCCGCUCAAACUUGGGGCACUGGAUGCUGGUAAAGGUUGUGGCUCUCUACUGUAAUGACACUUGGGCUUCAAUCCGCAUACAUGCUUAAUUAUCCUAGUCAAAUAUGCAGCCA